AUUCGUUUCAGAGCUGCAAGUAAAAACCAACAUGGUGUCCAAAAUGAUAAUUUUUGCGACAGUUUUAGUUUUCUGCCAAAGUUUUAGUGCGGUGGUCUUUGCUGUGGCUCCGGACGUUGAUGAAAGGUUCCUUAAUGUCUACAAGGAAGGAAAGUGGCUUGUUGAGUUUUAUGCACCAUGGUGUGGUCAUUGCAAGAAGCUAGAACCCAUUUACAACAAGGUCAGCCAUGUGUUGCGCAAUUCUGAUGUCAAAGUGGUCAAGAUGGAUGCAACCAGGUUUUCCCAUGUAUCAUCACUGUUUGAAGUCCGUGGAUUCCCAACUAUUAAGUUUUUGGAUGGAGAAAAAGUCUACACCUUCCACGGGGAAAGGACAGAAGAAGACAUACUGGCCUUUGUGAACAAAGCUAAAGGACCUUCAGUUCGAUGGCUGUACAGCAUUGGAAAAUUAAAUGAGGCCAAGGAUGCGCACAAGAAUGAAGUCUUUUACCUUUUUGUUGGGGACAACGACCCUUCAAAUGACCUUCUGAAUAAAUAUUCCAGUAUUGCAGAGGAUAAAGUCUCACAGACCUACUUUUAUGCAGCCAACAAAAGAAUUCUACCCGAGGACUUAUCACUCAAAUCUGAUCCUACUGUCAUUGUGUUUAAAGAUAACAAAGUGUUUGAAUUUGAAGCUCCCCGGGGUAUUGCCACCAUGAGCUCCUUGCAGAAGUGGAUCAACAGUGAACGGUACCCAGCCUUCCCUCUCAUAUCCGGUGGAAACAUCAAUGAAAUGGCGGACACCGGAAAGUUGCUAGUCAUAUUUGUCAUCGACCAGAAUUACCCUGAACAAAAGGAGGAUAAUUUGAGACAUGGGCACUGGUCUCAGGGGGCUUUGCCUUUCUCGGAGACCUGCAGAUCAGGACUAGGCGGAGCUGACCGGGUGAAAGAAAUGGCAGCACAUCUAGCCCACAAUGAAAGAGCUGCCUUUCAUGAUGAUUUCCAGUUUCUGUGGAUGGCCGAGGUGGACACCGUGAACAACAUCAUGCUUGCGUUUGUCUCGCCACCCUACCUGAUGGUUCUGGACCCUACAGUGCACCUGUACUACGUACCAGAUACUCCUCUCAGCAAAAUGGAUUCCAACACCCUCAGGGAGUUCUUGAAUAACGUGAAGUCAGGCAAAAUAGAAGCUUUGGGUGGCACUGGUUUCUUCCAGCGCUUGAAGCGCCUCUUUUAUGACAUUCUUGUUACAGUUAUAGAAGUGUGGCAGUCGUCUCGUUGGCUGUUCCUGAUCAUGUUUGGGAUCCCGACAGGUGUGAUCUCCUGUGUCUGCUACAGCCUCUGCUGCAUGGAGACUGUGGACGAUGGGGCGCUCAGCGAUGAAGAAGAGGACUCCGAUGAAGAAUACAGGCAGAUCAUAAAAGAACACAAACAGUUAACAGAAGCAGAAGAGAGGGCAAAAACUCACCCGAAAGGAGAAUAAAGGGACGGCAUUGCUUGAGUCUAGUCCAUCCAAGAAAUCCAUCCACAAUAUGAUGACCAAGGGGGAAAUACUGCAGCGUGAUUUGUCUGUGAAGGAGGGGGGAAAACUCAAAGGAGUUGUGGUUUUCAACAAUCUGGCAAAGUGUCACUUACAUAACUUGUUGUCCCCACUGCAAUGUACUACCAGGGGGGGGGGGGGGGGGGGUCUAUAUUUGAUUCACCGAGGGCUACUGUCUGUCUGUAUGUUUAUAGACACAUGUCCUACAAGUACUCCUGCAUUCAAAUUUGUUAACAUCUAUUUUUAUCAUAAAAAAAAAUUCAUCUUUAAAUUAAAACUUAAAAUUUAAUGAUCAUGAUUUAGUUAAUAAAAUCUUCUGCAUACACUUGUUUAAUGUUAAGGGCUUUUUGCUGAAUAUGUAAAACUGUGUUUAGUAUUUACCCAUGACUAAAUAUUGUAGAUCUGGGUUUAAUUUGUGUGUAUAAUUUGUAAUGAAUACUAAAAAUUUAUAUUUAGAAUUAUCAAUAAACUGUAGUGAUAUAAAUUGCUCACAAUGACACAUGAGUACACAAAUUCCAGUAAGUUUAAAUUUUUGAUACUACCACCUUGUUCUCCAUAAAAAAAAGGUUGUGAAGUAUCUAUUUACAAAUUUCGGAACAGGUAUAUGUAAAAAUUUAUAAUUGUGUUUUUAGAAGUCCCAAUUGUAUGACUGAUAUGUUUACCGCCUUGAGACCGAGACGGCCUCAUUUUAGCCCAUACUCUGCAAACCUUUUCAAAGACACCAAACACUAAUUCUUCCCAGGAAACCAAUUCAAAAGUUUCUCUUACUAUAAUGCUUUGGUUGCAAGCAAGCUUAAACAAAGUUGUUUAAACCUUUCACACACAGAAGCAAAGUGAAAAUGGCUAUGUGUAAACAGCAUAAAACCAGAACAGCCUGCCAGUAACUCGCAGUCUGUUCAGGAUUGAUGCUGUUUGCUACUCAUCAGUAUCUAAGGGUUGGAAAUGAAGCCUUUAAAAUUUGAAUCUUGAAGAAAGGUCUUUAAUUAUAUUUAUCUUUCUAAGGGACUACAAAUGUGUCAAAAUACAUAUCUAAUUGUUAAGAGUUUAACUCCAUAGUGGAUAAUCAUGCUCAUUUCAUAUUCAACCAGAUAUCAUGACUGCCAAGUGGGAAUUUCUCCAACAAUCGUGCAACAACACAAAUAACAUUGCAUACAAACAUUAUUGCUUUGCCCUUAUGUUUCCCUGUUUUAUAGCUAAUGAAUGUUUUGUUGUCUAAUUGUAUGUAAGACGCAAUGACAUCCUUUUUUGUAAAAAAUGUGUCAUUAUGUUAUAUUAAUGUUGAAUGUUUAACAUAAUAAAAUUAAUGAUAUUCAGUAUUGUACAAGUGUAUUAGAUUUGUGCCUUAGGCAGUAAAUUCUUUGUUCACAGUUUGAGAAGUUUAUCAGGGUGCAACUUUGAAUACCAGGGCAUGUAGAUUUUACAGGGCAUGUCGUUAAAAUUAUUACUGUAAGUUGUAGAUACAUCACUUACCUCUCUACAUGUCAUAUAAUUAUUCAUCUCAUGGCAAAGCAUAUCGUAUGUAAUUAAUUUGUAUGUCAUUGUAUGUGUUGUAAAAAUAUUAUUGACAUUAAUUAUGCUCGUUGUGAUAUAAGGGACAUAAGGGAAACAACUGCGUGUUUCAAAUAGACAUUUAUCAAGAGUAAUCUUGACUUGUUCAAAAUAAGUUAACCACAUAUGUAAGGUUUUCCUUCAAACAAAAUAUAUGUUGUUGUUGCAUUUUCAGUGAUUAAUGUAUGUUUUGUAUUCCUUUGUAAAUUUAGCGGAAAAUGAGUGAAACUUUUGCAAAUUGCUAAACAGGUUUAUGCGAAAAUGGGAACAUGUAGUGUGAUUGCAAUGGUGUGCAUGUUAUGAAUGCAUUGCAACUGUUAACAUAAGACCAUGUUUUAAGAUCAAUUUGUGUGCAAUAUUAUUUUUUUCGAUUUGUAUUUUAUGUCAUUAUUUUCGUAGGGUGACAAUAAAAAAAGAAAUUGAUAAA